AUGCAAAACAACUUUUAUUCCCCUGCAUCUGACUAUACAAGCUCAAUGCAACAGACUCAGACAAUAAAAAAUCAAGUAGCGAGCCUGCAUUCAAAAUCUGAGUUACUAAGACCAGAUAAUGCAUACUUUCAAUCUACUUUUAACCCGACAUUGUACCAGCCGGCAUUCUAUCAAGAAAUUUUGAAUCAAUCAUGUGAUGCUUUGAUUGAUAUUGAACCCGUACGUUCAGAAGAAAUGUUGUCAUUUUCUUCUUCAAGCACAGAAACGUGCGGGGAAAACACAAGUAAUGGACCUAAAAAUCUGAAAAGAAUCCGUAAUGUGCCCGUGAGACGAAAAGAAACAAAAAAGCACUUGGAACCUAAAAAAGGAAAAAAAGGAUCAACAAGUCUAGACAGAGUUGCGAAGCUUGAAAAACCGCUAAGCGAGCUGACAAAACAUCAAACGCAAAUUCCACUUAUUGACAUAGAUGCAUUUCGUCCCAUGAACUCUUUUAUGCUUUAUAGGAAAGCAUACCAGAAUAGAGCAAAAGGUUGGUGCUCACAAAAUAACCACCAAGUUGUUUCUCAGGUCUGCGGCACCAGUUGGUUAUUUGAGCCAAGCGCUGUAAAAGAUAAAUUCAACGAAUGGGCUCGUAUUGAGCGUAUUAAUCAUCAAAUUGCUCAUCCAGAGUAUAAAUUCUCACCGAAUAAAUCAGUGACAGCUAAACCUUCUAAACAAGGCUUGUCGUUUGAGUCCAGUGGGUCGAUUUCAGGAGAUAUCGGUUACGAUGAUCGCGCUUUCCAAUGCUACACGGAGCAAUACCAUAACAACCCUAAAUUUACCGAGAAUAAUCAAAUUUCUUUCGCAUCCCCGAGCAGUGAAUCGGUCUAUCAGCACUUGCCGAGAGAGCAAGGUGCAGACUUUAAUUGUCAGAAUGACUUCGGUUUUUCUUGUCAUAUGGAUAACCUUAAAGAUUCUAUGCCUAUCAUGAACGGGUUUCAUAAUCCUGAUGCUGUUCAUAAUUUGAAUGCACAUGAUCGAGAUCAAGAAAUAAACUAUGAAGUACACGCUGCUUCAUUUGAUAGUAUGAAAUCGUAUUCGCUGUUUGAGUUUCCAAGAGAUCAGGCCUUGGCAUUUAAUACCAUGAGUCCAGCGGAUAGGAGUGACGCAUCAGAGUGCUUAAUGUUCACAAAUCCUAGAUUUGAUAAUGGUCUUUGCUUGGAUGAUUGUUCAAUUCAAGCUGUAUAUGAUGCAGGCCAGCAGAAUCAGCUCAGAAGUUUUUACUGA